CGACUGGUAUGCUCUGAGGAUUAUACUGUGACCUCGUCGUCACUUUGAGAUUCUCAAAAACUCGCCGAAAUUUUUAUCUUUUGAGCGCCAUUUCGAAAAACUCAAAUUGCUUCUGCCGAGGAAAUCUGGAAUCAGAGCCUUUAAUCACUCGAUUCCUUGAGGCAAAUCGAACACCUUGAAGCAUAAGAUUUCCUUCUUUACCGCCUCCAUUUGAUACCAGCUCGUUAGUUAUUCGCUUCAUGUACGCCUGAGCUAGCGUCAUCGAGCUGUACUUGAGCUGCAGCAGGCUAUCAGCCACCUACCUGUCCAAUCAAUCCUGUCUCAAGCAUCCACUCCCACGGAGACAAAACUCCACUCUGGUUGAUUUUGUUAUCCGUAUGAGGCUCUCUCCUCGUGAGGGCACGGUACAACUCUACAACUUCUGGAGCACGCCUCACAGACCUUUUUCCAAGUGUUAUUUUUGAUGGAAGCGGUGGAGGUGGCGGCGGCUUUAUUGCUGUAGACUGAUCUUUGACCGUUGGCUUCGGCGUAUCAUUCCUCGUUAGAGAAGCUUGAAGCUCCUUCACCAGAUGCAUGAGAUCCGAAUCAUCUUCUCCAUUUGACAGAGUGAGCUGGAACUGAACCUGGGAUACUGCGAGUAGACGAUCUAAGCUCUUCUUUGUUGGAAAUUAAGAUUAAGUUAAAAGAUCCUCUGGGUCCGCAAAUAAGUCAGAGAUGGAUCGAGCCCUCCUAAACACACACGCGAAACUCGUGGCGCGUGACAUCCACCGCCUGACACAGUCACCGACAGAAGCCAACUCUUUCAUCCUAGGAGGUCACGCGUGUAUCUCACGCGUAGAGACAGUGGGUACGAUCGUCUCUCGCGACAUGACCCCUAAGUUCCUUAAGUUCGGCGUCGACGAUGGCACGGGCUGCGUCACGUGCCUCCUGUGGCUCAACCAACUCACGUCUUCGUACUUCUCCCGGUUCGACCCAUCCACGGUUCUGCUGCUCGCAAGCACCGCGCGUAAACAGGCCGCAGAAAUCAGAAUCGGAGCGGUGGCUCGCGUUCGCGGCCGCGUCGGCUCGUACAGAGGAGCAAUGCAGAUCUCGGCGACUGUUGUGGUGGUCGAGAGAGACCCGAACGCGGAGAUCUUGCACUGGUUGGAGUGUGUAAGGCUCGGUCGAAGCUGUUUUCGUAUUAAAAGUCAAAUUAGUUAAGAAAGAUCAUUUAUACUGUAAAUUAUCGACCAACCAAUUUGCAAGUGCCUUUUUCGGAGUCUUAUAUAUCAUCCAUCUCCUCUAAUAUUUUUAGUUCCUUCAUAGGUAUUGAAUAUUUGAAACUGGAAUUGAUAACUCCUUUCGUAUGUUUAUCAUUUACUUUUUCUUAUUUUAAUGUACGACGCAG